UUUUCAGUACGAAGACGUAUAUUUUCAUUACGAGAACGUAAACUGUAAUUACAAGGACGUCAAUUAUCAUUACGAGAACGUAAAUUGUCAUUACCAGAACGUAAACAAACCUAUUUACUAUUUGAAUAAUCCAAAUGACAAGAAAUGUAUAUAUAAAAAAAGCAGGUUAUUUGUUGUAAUAGUUUGAAUAAUUCUUUUAAUUUAGAAAUGUUAAAAAAAUAAUGAAGAUUGGAUUAAUUUUUGGAUUAUUUUUGGUAUCUGUAAAUGCUGCACCACCUCCUGUGAGCAAUGUUCAAAUUGAUUCUGUUGGGAUUGAUUUUUUUGUUGUAAAAUGGGAUCAAUACAAUAAUACUGUUUCUGGCUUCCAAGUUGAAUACUCUAUCAUUCCGCAAACUGAAGCAAGUAUUCGUGACACUGAAGAUAAUAGUAAAAAUUUUUUUAACGUUACAAAUCUAUUUUCUGGAACUAGUUAUCAAGUUAGGGUAAGACCAAUUGGUGGCUUCAAUGAAACAUUUAUUAGUAGCAACAAUGAAACUGAAUAUGGUCAGUGGAGUGUAUAUGCUACUUGUGUUACAGAAGGGCCAUUGCCUCCUAAAUCUUUAUCAAUAACAAAUAUUAUUGAUACCAAAGUAAAUUUAAAAUGGACGGCAUCUUCAUCUAAAGUUGAUAGCUAUCAGUUGUUUAUUCGUAACUCAAAGAGCUUACAAGUUACAAAUCAAUAUGUUGUGUCGAGUGAUGUUUAUGAAAUAGAGGUGGAGUUGCUUACUCCUUCAACACCGUAUUCAGUAUUUGUAAAUGCACUUUUAAAUAAUGUGAGAAGUUCAUAUUUAACUGGUGGCUUUCAAACUAGAAUUGCUCCUCCCGAAGCUCCAAAAAACUUAUCAGUAAGCAAUAUUCUUGAGACAUCUGCUAUGCUGUCAUGGGUUGAUCCUCAAAAUGGUCAAGAUAUUGUUAGUUACAUGAUAGAGCUUUUGGAAAUAUCAUCUAAUGGGAAUACAUCAGUAUUUUUAUCUAAUUCUGCAAAUUAUGUUGUAAUAGGAUUAAAAAUAGCCACUAAUUACACAUUUAGAGUUCGUUCAGUAAGUGUUAUGACUGAUGUCAUUUCAGAAUGGUCUUCAGUAGUUGGUUUUAAAACAUUAACUGCAGCUUUACCACCAUCGCCAAGAUUUGUUUCAAUUUCUAAUGUCAGUAAAGAGAGUGCCAUGGUAACAUGGGAAACACCUACAACACUAUAUCCUAUUAAUAGUUACAACAUUGUGUAUAAAAUAAUAGGCAUGCAGCCAAUGUCUCAAAAAGUUCCAGGUGAUGUAAACUCAUAUACUUUGAUGAAUUUAGUUUCAGGAACACAAUAUAGAGUUGCAAUCCAAGCAGUUGUUUUAAAUGACGUAUUUGGAGAGUUUUCUGUGGACAAUAUCUUUGUAACUGCUGGCCCAAAACCGGUUUCAAUUACAAUAUCUGCUAUCAGUGAUUCAUCUGCAAAUGUUUCAUGGAAUGGCUCAAGCAUAGGCUACAGCAGCUCUAUUAUCAUUCUCUUUGAUAAUAGUAUUAAAGUCAUAAAUACCACAAAAUUAUUCACAAAAAAUGUCUCAUGGUAUACAUUUACAAAUCUUGCACCUAACAAUCCUUAUAUAAUAAAGAUUUUUGUCAAAGAUGAAAAUAAUAUAUCUAGUUCGGAAGCUUCAAAUGGAUUUCGUACUAAAUUAGGACCAGAUGUUCUGAAUGCUCCUACGAAUACUUCUGUUAGUAUUCUUAGUCCAUCAAGUGUUCUUUUUCAAUGUAACACAGUAUCUUUGGCAGUUGCAUAUGAAAUCAAAAUUGAAGGCAAUCCAAACCCAAGAGUUCCACUUUAUCGCACAGAUCAGUUUUCUGCUUUCUUAGAUAGUUCUCUUAUUCAAAAGAUGGAAAUCAAAGAUUUGAUUUCUGGGUAUGGAUACUUUCUCAGUGUACGUGGUAUUUUUGGUGAUUAUGCAGGUCAAUGGUCACCUGUUGUCCCUAUUGUUUUAUAUGGUGGAAGACCUCCAUCUCAAAUUCAAAUCACCAAUAUCAAUGAAAAUAGUGCAAUAGUUCGGUUGACUCAAGCGUAUGAUCGUCUAACAUUAAGCCGUAUUAAUAUCAAGUAUUUUAUAAAAUUAGAAGAUACUGAUGGUAAAAGUAAUUUAAUAAACAUCACAUUUGCUAUACCACAAGGAAACUAUGGGAAAUCUCUGUCAUUUAAGUUUCCCAAUUUAUUAGUCAGCAAUUCUAGCUACAAAGUCUCUAUUUUUUGUGAAAAAGAUAAUAUUAAUGGAACUGCAAAUGUAACCACAUUUAAAACUUUGUUGGUUUUAGUUCCUCCUCGUCAGGUUCACUAUCUUAAAAUUACAUUUUUUGAUAACAAAUGUACACUUUCAUGGCAAGGUAUUUCUGAGCGCCCUGAUAUCUUAUAUUACGAGAUUUCUUUGCUUUAUAAUUACCCAAAUGUUACCAAAAGCUUUACUUUUAAAACUUCUGAUGCCAAAACUACCAAUUAUGAGUUAUUUGAAUUGAAGAAAAAUAUUUUCUACUAUGUUGCUGUUAGAGCUGUUGUUUCUGAGCAAGAUAUUUCUAAUUCUAAAGGAGUCUGGUCGUUGCCAUUAAUAUUUCAAUCAAAAGUGUCGAUUGCAACACCCAACGAUUUAGUUAUUUUUAACAAUGACACUUCUGUAAAAAUCAAAUGGAAUGUUAUAAACAUGAAUGAUAUUCUCUAUUAUGUAGUUGAACUUUAUACAUCAGAAUCUGGAAGUUUAUAUUUUAGAACAGAUGGACCAUCACCUUCACUAGAUAUUUACUCUUUAUUUCCAAAUACAUACUAUCAGUUUAGAGUACAUGCCGUGGGAGCCCAAAAUAAUGUUGGGGAAUGGUCAGCCUGGGAGUCUGUUGUUACUCAAAGUAAGAUGGAGGUUUCUGAGGCUCAUUCAAAUAAUCACAGCAAUCACAGUAACUCAGGUGUCAUUGUUGGAGUAACGAUUGGUGUUGUUGGCAUUGUUCUUAUUUUUGCUUAUGUUGUUAGAACAUUAUGGAAAAAAAAGUACAAACCUACAAAGUUCAAACAGUUUGAAAAUAGUGUCAAAUAUUCGAAAAAUUCAUUAAAAGAACAAAUCAAUGUUCAAAGAACAUCUACAUAAAUUGAAUAUAUUAUUUUAAUAUGACAAUAUAUAUAUA